CUGAUUAGUGUAAUGUUUUUUAAAUUACCAUAUCAGGUUAAAUACAGUUUAACCGUCCUCUGAUAUUCGGACUUCCGUAAAAUGACGAUUUUUUUUCACCAGAUUUAAAAAAAUGUAAGCUUUCUGAAAACUCGUUUAAGACAGUUGACAUUUAGAAUUUAGAAACAAAGUCGGUAGUUUUGUAUGCGGGCGGGCAAGCAGUAAAAUCCGGUAAUAACUAGUUUAAAACUGUAAAAAGGAGAGCCCAGAAAAAAUCAGUUUUAGUUUUACAUCAGUUACAAUGAGUUCUACAGGUAUUUACAGCGGUUUAAAUGAAAAUUCCAGAAACUCCAGUAGGGUCUUAAGACCGCCUGGCGGGGGCCAUACAGAUUUAUUUGGUGAUGCUGCUAACGACUCCAAACCGUCACGAAGAGACCAUGGAAGAAAUGCUUCUUCCAUUUUAGAGGGAACAAACAGUCCAACUACAUCCCCAACGACUCCAACAAAGACUGUAGUAGCACCUCCACCAGUGCCACAAGCCAAGGAACCUGUUCCUCAACAACCAAAAGGCCGGGUUCCACCUGGAGGUUUUUCUUCCGGACUUUGGUGAAUUAUAUUUGACAUUUUAUAUUUAAAUGUGUUAUGACUGCAUGUUACCUCUUUACAUCUAAUUUUUGACUUGAUUAUUAUAAAACUAAUUAUGUUUUAACGCGUACUGGUAAUUUAUACUGUAGCAUUUUUUUAAAUUUAUAAAUAAAGCAUUUUGUCUGUGUAA